UGAAUUGAAUUAAUUUAGACUUCAGUUAUUGUUCAUUCAUUCAAUCGUAUUGUGGUGUGUUUUACACACUCACACACGCACACACAUUCAUAUAUAAUAUAUCAUUUAUAGUAUACAAUAAUAUGCAUUGUGGCAUAACAUUUUCUUUUUGUAUCGACCAACACAUUUCAUGGUUAUUCAUUUUAAAAGAAUAAAAUACAAUAGGUAUACUCAGUAGUCAGUAGUCACUCAUCUGAAUUCGUGGUCGAAAACCUUCCCCGCUCAACAUUUUUAACUAUUAUUAAAUGAUUCGAGCAGCUUCAUCAAGCCAUUGUGAUAUUGUUAAUAUUUCAAGACACUUGUUGAGUUCAAAGCAAUUGGUUCUACGUUCGAGUACGGCUUGGGACGUUUUUUUUGGUGACCCCUUUUGAACAUUGGUGUCAUUUUUCAAUGAAAAAGUGUUAGCCAUUAUCACAAUAACAAUGAACAAUCAUAGUGAAAAUGGUGAUAUUAAUUGGUACCAUGGAAAAAUAUCCAGAGACACUGCUGAAAUUAUUCUAUUAGACCAUGCGGAUAAAGAAGAUGGUCUAUUUUUAGUACGUGAAAGUAAUUCUGCAUCUGGAGACUAUGUACUUUGUGUGUUACAAAACAAUGAAGUAGUACAUUACCAAAUACGACGCCAUGGUGAAGAUGCAUUUUUCUCCAUAGACGAACAAAAUAUAAUGCAUGGGUUAGAAACAUUAAUUGAACAUUAUUGUAAAGUAAAUGAUCCAAGUUUAGGAGUGCAACUGUCCAAGCCAAUUGUUAAAGAUCCUCCACCACAUGAUACUAGGAGACAUGGACGUACUAAUCUCUUGCACAGAGCCAUUACACAAGCUAAUUGCAAAGUCGUUACUGAGCUAUUAAAAUGUGGUUAUAGGAAUUUAGAAGCAAAAAACCAAGAAGGACAAACUGCAUUGCAUUUAGCUAGUCAGAUGGGUCAUGAUCAAAUUGUAGAGAAACUCAUUUCAUGUGGAGCCAACGUGAAUUGUAGAGAUACAGAAGGCUAUACACCUUUACAUUUCGCUUGUCAGAAUAAUUUGUUGAGUACUGUGAAAAUCUUAUUGACAAUUGGUGGAGCGAAUAUUCAACUGAGAAAUUCAUCAACUGGAUGGGUAGCUCUGCACGAAGCAUCAAGUCGAGGUCAUGCAGAUAUUGUGUCUUUGUUGUUGUCCAUGAAUGCACCAUCGAGGCCGCGCACUUUUAAUGAUCUUCUACCUGCAGACCUAGCCCAUACCAAUGGACAUACCGAAGUUGAACGAAUGUUGAAUGAGUUUGUUGCUCCUACGCCUACUUCAAAGAAAGAUCAAUGGUAUCAUGGCAAGCUUGAUCGAAAUGAAGCCACAGAAAUAUUGAAAACAAAAGAUGUUGACGGUUGUUUUUUAGUCAGAAUGAAUAGGAAGAACGACUACGUCUUAUCUAUGAUGUGUACUAAUCAAUGUUAUCAUUUCCAGAUCCAAGAUCGAGAUAAAUAUUAUUUUAUUGACAAUGGGCCAUACUUGAAUUCGUUAGAACAUCUAAUACAACAUUAUACAUUAUUUCCUGAUGGUUUACCGAACAAAUUAGAAGUGCCUGUGAGUCCAGCAGUUAUUCCACCCCUACCUAAAGGAUUUCCGUUUACGUUAAAAAAGCCAAAACCAAAAAUUCAAACUGAAUUUCAAGACAAUAUCAUGAGAGACAAUUUGAUUUUAGAUGAGGUAAUUGGCGAAGGUGAAUUUGGUUCAGUUUACAAAGGAACAUUUCAAAAUCGAGACGGAUUUGAAGAAAAAGUAGCCAUAAAAAUGCUGCGAUAUGACAUGUCUUCAACUAACAAAUCAGAAUUUUUACGUGAAGCUCAUGUCAUGAUGAGUUUAAAUCAUGAAUGUAUUAUUAGAUUGAUUGGUAUAUGUGAAGGCCCACCAUUGUUGAUGGUUCAAGAGCUCAUUGCUCUUGGUUCUAUGUUGACUUACAUUAUCACACACCCUGAACUCAUUAGUCCAAAUUAUGAGUUAAAAAUGUGGGCAGCUCAGAUAGCUUCUGGUAUGUGUUACUUAGAACAAAAACGUUUCGUACACAGAGAUUUGGCAGCUAGAAACAUUCUAUUAGCGGAUAGACAUCAAGCUAAAAUUAGCGAUUUUGGUCUUUCACGUACAUUAAAUGUUGAUAAGGAUUAUUAUAGAGCUUCACAUGGUGGACGAUGGCCAAUUAAGUGGUAUGCCCCUGAAUCAUGCAAUUAUGGAACGUUUUCUAGUGCUAGUGAUGUGUGGAGCUAUGGUAUUACAUUAUGGGAAAUGUUUUCUUAUGGACAGCAACCUUAUGAAAACAUGAAAGGUGUUGAAGUAAUUGGUAUUUUGGAAAAAGGAGAAAGAUUACAAAGAACUCAAAGGUGUCCAGUUGAAGUUUAUAAAACAAUGGAGAUGUGUUGGGCGUAUGAUCCCAAGGAACGUCCGACUUUUAGUCAGCUGUCAAAAAUAUUUGCAUCUGAUUCUGAUUACGAAAAUUUCAAAGAUUUUAUAAAACUCUAAUUUAAACAUAUUAGAGAAAAAAAAGUAAUAAAAUCAUAUUCCUAUUAGUAGUAGAUAAUAAAAAUGAAUAUUUAUGUUAGGUAAAAGACAAUUUCAAACUAUAAUUGAUUUUUUAUUUUUUAAUUGUAACAGAGUUACUAA